AUGGCUAUUAAGAUUGCUGGAAGUAAUAGAAAAAGUAAAAGAGCUGUAGUUAGUGAAAUCAACGUUACGCCGCUUGUCGAUGUGAUGCUUGUAUUACGAAUUAUUUUUAUGAUCACUUCCCCAAUGUUAGUUUCAGGUGUAAAUUUCGACUUACCUGAAACAAAUUCAAGCCCAAUUUCAGGACAAGAUGAGCCUUUAGUUGUUACUAUCAAUAAUAAAGGGGAAGUUUUCUUGCUUGAAACACCUAUUGAAAGAAAGCAUUUAACUGAUAAGCUUGUAAAUAUCACUAAAGAGAAAAAAGAUACUAGGAUUUUUGUUAGAGGUGAUAAAAACGUUUCUUAUGGUGAAGUGGUAGAAGUAGUAUCAGAAAUUCAUGCAGCCGGAUUUUCUCGUGUAGCUCUUAUUUCAAAUAUUAAAAAUAAUGAAAAGUAA